UUCAGACUAUCCUCCCCUCCCCUGCCGGAUGCAUCACAUAUGAAAAUUGUGGUUGAUCACCAGAGGGCAGGGCAAGAGCACAGACUCUUCUCUCUGCCUGAUACCCGGAAGCAAAGCUACUUUCAUUUUUGAGGAAACAAAACUGAGCUGCAACCAAGCUCAGAAAGCAUCUGGGUGCCCCAGAGGAACCUGCAAGUGCAGAUCAUGGAUGCCACGUCUCAGGAGCCUCCGGCUGACCAGGAUUCCUCAACCCCUGUGGUGGAGGAAGAGUUCCAGUUUCUGCUCUGUGAGGGAUGCCAGAAUGAAUCCAGGGAGCCCAAGCUCCUUUCCUGCCUUCACACCUUAUGCACUGGCUGUCUGCAAGAGAACAAGCCCAUGGGCCAGUGCCCCAUCUGCCGGGCUCCUAUCUUGCAACCUAGUGGGAUCCCAAACCAGGACAACCUGCUGUACACCAGUCUGCAGUCCCAGAUGAAAACCUACCAGAAAAUAGUCAUGGGCAUAGGCUUAGGGUGUGGCAACUGCAAAACAGAGGGGGAGUUCUGGUGCUCAGACUGUGAGGAAUUUAUGUGUCUCACAUGCUUUAAGUUGCAUCAGAAGUUCCUGAAGAUGGAGAGCCAUGAGGCCAGGAAUGUGAAGGAACUUCAGGCUGGAUCUCUCAGGGAGUUUCUUGAGGGUGCCCGGAAGCCCUGUAACUUGUUCUGCACUACACAUAAGACCCAGAUUGCUUGCAUCUACUGCAGCAUCUGUUGCAAGCCAAAGUGCCUCAUCUGUGCCCUCCUGGAUAGUGAACAUAGGGGUCAGUGUUGUGAUAUCAAGGCGGAGAUCCUGCGGAGGCAGGAGGAGCUGGGGAGCAUGACUGAAGAGCUAAAGCAGAGGAAGAGCCACUAUGAAAAUGCCUGCAACACCCUCCAAGGCAAAGAGAAGCAACUGAACCAGGUGUGGAAGGAAACUCGGGAGCUGAUCCUUAAGAAGGUAGAGGAGAUGGUCAAGCUGAUCCGUGAUAAGGGGGAGGAGCUGUUGGACAGGGCAGAAAGGCAGCACCAUGAGGGGCACCAGGACCUGAAGGGGAAGAUGCAGCACAUGAGAGCCAUGUUCAUGAGGAUGGAGGCUGGAGAGCAGCUGGUGGAUAAGAUGCACCUCUAUGCGUCGGACCAGGUGGUGAUGGACAUGCACCCCUUCAUCAAGCAUUCCUUGGUGGAACUCCAGAAACAGCCACCCCUGACAGUGGCAUCUGAUGUCCAGGUUGGAGACUUCUCUGAGUGCAAAACCCAACUCGAGGCCCUCGUUGAACAAGUGAUGGGGGACCAUGCAGGUCCAUCUACUGAGUCCCAACAAGAUGGGAACACACUGGUGUUCAGCCUGGAGUGUUUGUAUGCUCCAGAAUCUCCUCCACAGCAUACCCAUCUCCCUGUUGAUAGCAAUGAAGAAGGAUUGCUUGCCCCUCAGGACCCCUCACACCAUCUCCGUUCUCCAGCUGUGCUCCCUACAUCAGGCACUAGGGAUACUGGAGGAGAUGCUGAUCCAGAAGUGUCCCCUAUGAGCUCUCCAGAGAUUUCCAAUGAGGCCCAUUUCUCAUCUUCCAUCACAAAGAGGAAAGGAGGACAAGACACAGAAAUCCCAUCAUCCCCUGCAAAGUUUAUUAAGACUGAAGCAGAUGAUGGCAAAUGGGAAAAAUGGGCCAGAGAGCCCAACCUGGAACAACCAGGGACCAGUUCCUCAACAGGAAAUGGAUCUGGCUGGAUGGCUAAUAGUGCUGGUGCAGUGAAGGAAGCUGACUUGACAGAACCCCUGGAAAAUAACAUCCCUCAAGAAGUUACUCUCAUUACCAUUUUGGAGAGUUCUGAAGAGGAUGACAGUGAUGAAGAGUCAACGAGCUCUAGUCUACCAGAUGACACCAGCAAUAUCUCUUUUAAAAGCCAUGAGGGGGAUCUCCCAGUCAUUCUCGAUGACCUUCUACCUGAAGAGUUUGACACAAGACAAGGAUCACUGCUGUUCUUUGACCUGAAGCUCCUACGUAGUCAAAUCACUCAGCUGGCUGUGGUAGAUGGAAGCAAGAAGUUUAUCAUCUUGAUUCAACCACUGAAAUCUUUGCCUGACAUGAUUGAAAAAGGGCUCAUCUGUGAAACUGGCAUGAAGCCCUUUCUCAGCCACCUGCGCACUGUCCACAAGCCCAUCCUUGUGGGAUUUGCCUUCUGGUCACUAAGCUUCCCCAUCCUGUUUAAAGCCCUGGAUACUCUUGGCAUGGGAAGGGAAUUCCGUGAGACUGUCUUUGGCUUCUUGGAUGUUUUGCCCUUGAUUAAAGAGAAGAUCCCCAAAGCUGGGAGUUACCACCUAAAACACCUGGCUAGCAAUUACCUCUGGAAACAGUUAAAUGAGCUCAGUGCCUUGGAGGCUGCUGAGGCUGUAAAGGACCUGUGCACCGUCCUAGAAAUUGAUGCAGUGCAGGAAACAAGGUCUGUGCUCAGCUACUCCAGCCUUGAAUGCUAUGCUUCACUUCAACCCUUGAUGAAAGAGAAACUGCUCACGAAGCCUUCCUCACAGACACUGGCCAGGCACAAUGUCAGCCUUUCCGUGCUGUCUUCUGUAUACUGGAAGGAUCCAGUGAGAGGUCUGCAGAACCUGUGCAGGUUCCUUAAUUAUAGGCAGCAAAAUGCAGGUAAGAUCAGAAACCUGAGCAAGAUCAGAGUCUAUUUCCAAAGACAGAACCAGUCAGCUGGUCAUCAAGAAAUCACAGCACCAGUAAAGUGUGAACAGGACAAUUGAGUGUCAUCUACAAUUGACAGGUAUAUCUAUCAAAGUCUACAAUGAAUGGGCACUGUGUCCUGGAGCCAAACUCUGGAAGUGCUCAGGAGGUUCAAAUCCUAGGUUUCCCAUUUGGCCCAUUAUUAAGAUUGGGGCAUCACAGGGUACCGUGUCAAGGUUGGCUAUAAAACCCCUGGAGACCAAAAAAUGUUUCCUUUACCCUGAUCUAUGGGCAGUCCAUUGUGCCCUUGCCUGCAAAACCUUGAGGUUAAUUGUUAUUAAAAUGUUGAAAGCUGCCCUGGUCUUAUUCUAAUGACUAGCAGGUUUGUGUUCAAGGCCUUAUGGGCCUCUCAUGUAACCCCUCCCUGGGCUGCCAGGCCUCUCUGGUUUCUCCCCUUCCUUUUUUGUUAGGGUAUGGUCCCUUAGCCUUUCCCCUCCACAGGGUAACCCAAAAGUCAGUGGGAGCUGAGGCUUUAGACACCCCUUGCUUAACUUUCCCUGAGGGGGUCUAUGAGUGGGAUGUCAUGCAGACUGUCCUGCCACAGGCAGCUGCACCAUGCUAACCAGUCCCAGUUGGGUGCCGUUUCAGGUCUUACCCAGGAGAAGUCUCUAGGCCAUCUGGAUCUAACUCCUGGUCCAUCCUGGGAUCCCCCCUGAUGUCAGCCUCUCUUGGCAUACAGCCGCCCAUUCUUUGCCCCUCUUGGCAUACAGACUUCUGGGCCCCUGGGCCUAGCUUGAUCUCACCUCCAGGCCCCCUGGCCCUGACACCCUCUUUCUCAAACCCCUUUUCCUCAAACCCUUCAACUCAAAUGGCACUGGUCUAGUCAUCUUCAUCCCGGGUCACAUGGCUUUUGACCCUUUCCUCUCUGGCUGUGGCCAUGCAUGGACCUUUGGCCCACUCUGACCUCCCUCCACUCUGACAGUCUCUGCAAUGGUCUGUAUCAACCUUUUGACCCUUCUUGGGCCUGGCCCUGCAUGGACCAGUUGAGAUUUUGAGGGUCAUUUCUCCAGCUGCCAGCCCUCUCACCUAUGGGUCCACCCUCUCAGGCCCCUCCAUAGAUCUCUCAUGCUCAGCCUCUCUGUCUGGGGCUUACCCAGACCCCUUUAUAGGUCCACUACCCACAGCCCCUCUCUCUGGGCUCACCCAGACCUGUCAAUAGACCCCCAGACACUCAGCCCCUCUCACUGGGUCUCCAGGAGCCUCCUCUACCCCCAGAACUCCUUCCCAAAGCCCAAGACUUUUCUCUUCUCUCCUUGAUGGCAUUCAGGAGUUGCAGCCUUCCUGCUGGACAGUUUUCCCUGGCUAGGUGCCAGGAUCUUACUGCCCACUUCAGUUAGGGUCUGGGUUAUUUGAGCCCUUCUCCCUGCUUCCCAGAUGGGACCAGGGACCUGAGGAGCCAAGUCCUUCUGAGAAGGUCUGAACACCUAGCUGGUGCCUCUGCAUGUGAAUCAAGAUCCCUGGAGGCAGAGGUAAUAGGGGAAGGCUCUUGCCCAUUGCUUGCAUACUGGGAUCUGGAGGUAGCCUGACCCUUUUAUGCUGUGGUUCCAUCGGUCUUCUCCUUAUAUUUAAACCUCUGAAAACCAGGCACACCACACAACAUACCACCUCUCUAUGUGCUGGGGAAUUGGCCAGAUGGAAGGCAGAGGGAGCCAGCUUUUGCUGCAGGAGGAAGACGAGGAGGGAACAGUUGGACCAGGGACACGGCAGGAACACCUGGCCAAAACAGGGCUCGGGCCCCAGCUGGGUCAGGGGACAGAGGCUGGGAGACCUUAUUUUAUGUACAGCUCUGGCUCCAUAACCAAAGAAGCAUUUGACUCUUUAGUAACCUGCUGUUUGCAAUAAUUAUAGCAACAGAUGGCAUCUGAUGACAAAGAGUGUCUCUGUACUCCAUUGGGAUGCUCCUGUCUUUGCAAGAUGGGAAAGGCAGAGGAGUGAGCUGGAAAUGGUGUUGGAGGAUGGCUUCCAUAUUGCAGGGUGGGGUGGGGUAGGCCUCAAAGAAGAGAGACCCCUCUCCCUGCCUCCAUACUUAGAUUUGCUGUAACCUCUAUGGAAUAAUAGCAUGGACCUCAUGGAACAAGCUAAGCCUGUCAUGUCUUUCACUGGUCCCUGUUAGCAAUCUGAAUAAUGCGGAGCCAGAAUCCUCAUCCUACUGUUGCACAAGGACAUGAGAGUGGAAGAGCACUGUGGAAUCACAUACAACAGCAUCUUCUGCUCUGAAUAUGGACAAUAAAUUCCUUGAAAGAGAAUUUCCAUCUCUUCUCCAUCACUCACUGGUAUUUGUA